AUGGUUAGCAUAAAUUUUGCUAAAUCAUGGUUCUUAUCUGAUGUUGAGCAAGAUAUUGUAACAUCUUCACCAACUGUCAUGACAGGUAGAUGGAAUUCUAAGGAAGAUUUUAGAAGUGAAGAAAUAUCUCAUGAUGAAUUGACUACCUAUUACAGAGAGCUAUGCAACAAAAGUGAGGAAGUUUAUCAAAUAAGAGUGAAACAAAGAAUGAUCAUAGCUAAGCUUAAGGCUGAGAAGGAAGAAUACCUUGCUGAUAAUUCUGAACUCCAAAAUAAAGUAACCAUAUUAACAUCGCAACUUGAUAAUGUAAUCCAGGGUGUUAGAAUGUUGAAUAAUGGAUCUGAUGUGCUGGAUGAUAUUCUUCAAGAGUCAGAAGUUGAAAUGAGUCUUGUCGGUGAAUUAACAUACUUUCUUGGACUUCAAGUAAAACAAAUGAAUGACUCUAUCUUCAUCUCUCAAAGUAAGUAUCCGAAAAACAUUAUGAAGAAGUUUGGUAUGGAAAAUGCAAGUCACAAGCGGACACCUGCUCAUACUCACUUAAAAUUAUCAAAGGAUGAAGAAGGUAUUGUUGUUGAUCAAAGUUCAUACAAAAGUAUGAUUGGUAGUUUGUUUUACCUUACAUCUAGCAGACCAGAUAUCACAUUUGUUAUGGGUUCCAUGCUGAUAGGGUAUUGUGAUGCAGAUUGGGAUGGUAGUGUUUAUGAUAGAAAAAGCACCUCUGAUGGAAGUAGUGGUUCACAGCUAAUCAAAUCAUCCGACGCACAGAAAAUUGCCCAUGCCGAAGCCAAGAAGGAAUGCUAUGUUGCGUAUUGCAUUCAGACAGCGGUCGAUAUGGCUAACUUCGAUAGAAUCUCUCAUACUAAAUCGGCGAAUGAGGCAUGGGAUAUUCUUGUCAAGAAAGACAAUGGAUUGACAAAAGUCAAGGACGAAGGAGCGAACUUUUCACGCCAAGAUUCAGAUGAUUUUGAAGGUAUGGUGGUUAUGGCUGCAGUUACAGAUAACCAUCUCUAA